UUAAUCCUGGAUGUCAGCCAUGACAGGACAUUAAUUAAUGUCAUCAUAUAGCAAUUUGCAUGCAGGCAGCUUUAUCCUCAUCUCAGGCAUCCAAGCAAGCAUUUAUCUAUGGCAAGUAUUCCUCAAAUCUCAGCUGCUGCUAGAAGGUAUGCUUAAUGGUUUUAUUACUUCUCUUACAAAUGUCAAAUAUUAUUCUUUUACAAAUGUCUUCAUUCUGGUUCUUUCUCUUCUGUUCAAAUUUAUAUACACACAUUGGCUACAAGGUAAGGUGGCACUAAUUACCGGUGGCGCUAGUGGGAUCGGGGAAAGUACUGCAAGACUCUUCUCUAGACAUGGGGCUAAGGUUGUGAUCGCUGACAUCCAAGACAACUUAGGCCUCUCUGUUUGCAAAGAUUUAAGUCCUACCUCUGCCUCCUUCGUCCACUGCGACGUGACCAACGAAAAGGAGGUUGAAAAUGCCGUCAACCUUGCUGUUGCUACGCAUGGAAAACUCGACAUUAUGUUCAACAAUGCAGGCAUAGCUGGAGAGGCCAAACCCCACAUCCUUGAUAACGACAAAACUGAAUUUGAGAGAGUCCUGAAUGUGAAUGUAGUAGGUGCCUUCUUGGGAACCAAACAUGCGGCUCGGGUGAUGAUUCCAGCUGGUAAUGGCAGCAUAAUUACUACUGCCAGCGUUUGUUCUACUGUUGGAGGGGGUGCAUCUCAUGCUUACACUAGUUCGAAGCAUGCAGUGGUGGGACUUGCAAGGAAUGCAGCGGUGGAGCUCGGAAAAUAUGGCAUUCGUGUGAACUGUGUGUCGCCAUAUCUGGUUGCCACUCCACUAGCAAAGGACUUAUUCAAAUUGGAUGAUGAUGGAGUAUCCGGUGUAUAUUCCAACCUUAAAGGAAAGGUUCUUAACGCAGAAGAUGUGGCUGAGGCUGCUCUCUACUUGGCCGGUGAUGAAUCCAAGUAUGUGAGUGGGCAUAAUCUUUUAGUAGACGGAGGUUUUACCGUAGUAAAUCCAUCUUUCGGUAUAUUUUGAGGAAAUGAUUUAAGGUUUUUAAUCCAUGAUUUGGUUCACAGUAGUUUGUAUUUGUUAUAUGAAACUACCUAGGUGUGAAUAGGUAGUUCUUUUCCUUUUUAGUCCAAGUUUUUAUUUUUUA